CAGGCUUGAUUUCUUUAUGAAUCUCAUUGCUGUGCUUCUGGUUUUAUGAAUUGAGCAAAAAUGGCAAAAUUGAAAGUUAAAAAGUUAGGAAGCAAGACAGAAACAAGGAAGAAUAAAAAAGAAAAAGUGGGUCUAUUAAAUUCAAAGAUUAAAAAUGAGAUUGAAUCUGAACACAAAUCAGAGUUACUGGCCAAAGAUAUUCAUAGUGGAAUUGACAAGAAAACUUCUUUACAAAGUGAGAGGAACUUGAAUAAAAAAAUUGAGAAGAAGCGCAAACGUUCCUCUGAAGAUAAUGCAGAUGAAUCCAAAGAUGAAGCAGCUUGUCCAACAUUAUCAAAAAAGAAGAAGACUGACAACUUUGCAGAUGAAGGCUUUGGGGUAUUUGUUUCCAGCAUCCCAGUCACUACUAAGAAGUUUGAAGUGAUGAGGGCUUUUGAAAAAUUUGGCGUCAUCUCAACUGUUGUGCUUCCUAUGGCUCAAAAGGAGAAAAAUGCAUCUCAGAAGAACAGAGGAUUUGCCAUUGUCAAGUUUAGAGCUAAGGAGGCAGUCCGUGCUGCCCUGGCCUGCAAGAAACACGAGAUCAAAGGAGAACAGGUGUUGGUGCGAAAAGACAAGAAGCAUAAGCCUGAGAAAGAGAAAUCGAGUGAAGCGUUCAGGUGCACUGUUUAUGUAGCCAACAUCAAGAAAGGCAUGCCAUGUGAAGACCUAAAGAAAUACUUCUCACAAUUUGGACAUGUCUGCAAUGUUGUUGUUUGUCCGUCCAACAACAAGAUCAGCAAACCUUAUGCUCAAGUUGUAUUCAAUUCUCCUGAGGCUAAGACCUUGACUCUAGCUCAGCCCUCUCACAAGAUCGGCUCCCUGACAGUGAAAGUUGGAACCAACAGAGCAGCUGCCCUGGGAGCAGAAGUUCUGAACAACAUACAUGGUGAGAAUGAGAUUUUCGUCGGCCAACUGAGCGAGCAGACGACAGCGCGUGUGCUGCACCAGCAUUUCUCCAAGUACGGCAAAGUCACGAGGGUUUUCCAGCCCCGCUGCCCCAAGACCAACAGACCCAAGCAAGUCGCUUUUAUCACCUUCGAGAAAAAAGAAAGCAUGCAAGCGGCGCUUACGGAAGACCAUGAGAUCGAUCAUCAGGCCCUGUUGGUCAGGGACAGCAAGGUGGACCAUCGACACAAGGAUUACACUCCGCCCGUAGACGCCGACGGCAAGUUCAUGCACGCCAUAUUCGUGGCCAGGGUGCCCCCGAACACCGACAGUCAGCGACUGGAGGAGCACUUCAGCCAAGACGGCGAGGUUGGGGCGGUCAAACUCAAGUGGGACCACAACAAGAAACGGUACCACUCCUACGGUCUGGUGUUCUUCACCUCGGAGAGAGGCGUGCGUGCUGCACUCUCCCGUGAACACGUGAUCGAUGGCCGGACGUUGUUCGUCAAAAGGAACUGGGACACACCCGCUGAUGGCAAAUCCUCGAUGGUGUCUCGACCAGGCACCAACAAAGCUCCUAAUCAUCACCUAAACGAAGAUGAUAAUGAUGAUGAUCAAGGCCAAGAUGAUGGUGAUGAUGACCAUGAUGAGGAUGACCAAGAUGAUAGUGAUGAUCAAGGCCAAGAUGAAGAUGGUGAUGGCGACGAAGACGAUAGUGAUGAUCAAGGUCAAGAUGAUGGUGAUGAUGACCAAGAUGGAGAUGGUGAUGGCGACGAAGACGAUAGUGAUGAUCAAGGUCAAGACGAUGGUGAUGAUGACCUAGAUGAUAGUGAUAAUCAAAGCCAAGACGAAGAUGGUGAUGGCGACGAAAACGAUAGUGAUGAUCAAGGUCAAGAUGAUGGUGAUGAUGACCAAGAUGAUAGCGAUGAUCGAGACAAAGAAGACGAUGCUAGUGAUCAAGAUGAUGUUGAUGAUAAUGCUCAAGACGAAGAAAGCGACGAUGACUUAUAGCAUUUGUCAGUAUGGCCAGAGCCUCCAGGCCCUCUGGAUGACUGGUACUGAAAAGAUAGAUGAAGAUAGUUAGGACUUUAUUGACUCUGACGAAUAAAGUCAAUUGUUAACAA